GUCGUCUCUGUAGUAACCCAGCCGGCCCUCGGCAGUAGGCGCCGUGAGAGCCGGGGAGUUCUCUCGGAGUUGGUGACACUGACUUUCGGGUGUCAGAAAUCGCGGUCAAUCGGUGGUUUUUAGCGGACUGGACGGCGGGUUGCUGAGGCGGAGAGGCCCUCUAAACGAGCCAAGAUGCUGAAUAUGUGGAAAGUGAGGGAGCUGGUGGAUAAAGCCACCAAUGUGGUCAUGAACUAUUCAGAGAUCGAGUCCAAGGUUCGAGAAGCCACCAACGAUGACCCCUGGGGGCCCUCGGGGCAGCUCAUGGGGGAGAUUGCCAGGGCCACGUUCAUGUACGAGCAGUUCCCCGAGGUUAUGAACAUGCUAUGGACCAGGAUGCUGAAGGACAACAAGAAGAGCUGGAGGAGAGUUUAUAAGGCCUUAUUGCUGCUGGCAUACCUCAUCAAGAACGGGUCGGAGCGGGUCGUCACCAGUACCAGAGAGCACGUCUACGACCUGCGCUCCAUCGAAAGCUAUCACUUCGUGGACGAAAACGGCAAGGAUCAGGGCAUCAAUGUGCGGCAGAAGGUGAAGGAGAUGGUCGAGUUCGUGCAAGAUGACGACCGUCUCCGGGAGGAGAGGAAGAAAGCCAAGAAGAACAAGGACAAAUACAUCGGGGUGUCCUCCGACAGCAUGGGGGGCUUCCGAUACUCGGACAAAUACGAAUCGGAGCCCAGGUCCAAGUGGGACGAUGACUGGGACAAGAGCAAGGCCUUCCCCUUCAGUGAGAAGCUGGGCGAGAUCACCGACAAGAUUGGGAGCACCAUCGACGACACGAUCAACAAGUUCCGCAAGAAGGAUCGCGACGACUCGCCCGACAGGUUCAGCGACAACGAGGAGGACAGGGAGCGUGCAGCCCGCAACGGCCGAGCCGGCAGGUCCGAGUUCAGGGACGAGGAAGAGGAGACGACUUCCAGGAACACCAGCCUUACGCAGGCGAAGGAGAGCGGCAGCAGCAGCGCCGCACGCAAGCGAGGGGGGGUCCCCUCCAAGACCGUGGACCUGGGCGCUGCUGCCCACUACACGGGUGACAAGGGCAGCCCCGGCACCUCCAAGGUCCAGACUCCAGCUACAGAAGCAAGUCCGUCUUCCAGCACAGGCCUGGCGGACCUGCUGGUCGUGGACUCCGGCAGCCGCCAGACAGCGGCCCCAGCACCAGACCUGAUCAGUGACUUCGCCAGCUUCUCGUCUCCGGCUGCUCCUGCCAGCGUCCCCACGGUAGCCGCCACAGCCUCCAGCGUGAAUGAUGAUUUCGGCGACUGGAAUGCCUUUCCCGGCAGCACGCCAGCGCCCCCUGCUGCCAUGAAUCUGUUCUCCGGGAUGCAGGCCAAGCCGGCGCCCUCCAGUGCUCUGCUGGACCUGAUGGGUCCCUCCCCCGUCCAGCCCACCCUGAGCGCCUCGCAGAGCAUGACCUUUCCCCUCAGCAGCUCCCAGAGCACGGGUAUCCCUAUGUCCAAGUCCCAGCCGCUGCAAAGCCUGAGCCAUCCCAUGAUGCCGCAGCCGAUGGGAGCGCCGAAGCCGGGGAUUGGGGCCCCCAUGCCAGCCACGUGGUCAGACUCCAGCGUCAACAUCAGCCUGGACUUCCUAUCUCCGGGCUCGCAGCCGCCCAAGCCAGCCCAGCCCAGCCUGAACACCAUGAUUCAGCAGCAGGGUGCUCAGCCAGCCAUCGCCACGGUAAGCCAGGGCUUCGCUGGUAUGAACCUGUCCAUGCAGCCCUCGCCGGCCACCGUCCGGCCGCCCAGCAACCCCAUGAUGCCCAGCGGGGGCAUGGCGAUGCCGCCCAUGAUGGCCACGGGCACCAUGGGCAUGGGCUCCCUGGGCAUGCCCGUCAGCCACGGCGCGAUGAACAUGAACAUGGGGGCACCCUCCCACGGCCUGGGGCUGUCCGGGGGCACGGGCCUGGGCCACGUCAGCCCUACCAUGGUGCCCCCCAAACCGGAUGCCUUUGCCAACUUCGCCAACUUCGGCAAAUGAGAGGCUGCGGGGGAGGGGGCAGUGAGGGGGGGCGCUUUGCGACCUGACAGUCAUGAAGGAUCGUAGGACCUGCGCGCAGAGACCAGGAGGCCCAGCCCCCCAGCUUCGCCGUUCCAUACGUGCAGAACCAAGAACGUUUUCUUUUUCCCUCCACUUUUGUCUGGGUUUUCUUCCAGGGAGAAUCUGUUGGCGGAUUCUGUGAAUGAGAUGUUAAACAAAAAAAGAAAAUUCACAAUACUUACCCUCCAGUAACAACACAGCACAGAGAAAAUGGCGGGGGGGGGGGUUCAUUACUGCCUACCCACGGGAAAGAAAAGCUGCCCUCCUCCCACUGGCCUCAGACCCCCCAGUGAAGUAUCGGCCGACCUCACUCUGCCUUUGCUUUACAUCAUUGGUGAAUAAACCUUAAUGGUCAUCUUGUAAAUAUCUUUGGGUUUGCAGACAAAUAAAUUAUUGCAUUAUUGAAUACGAUUGAAUUGGGGAGGGGGCGCCAGAGAGCAGAGUCGGCGAAUGGGCUGUUUAAUAUUGAAGACUUUGUUUCUUGAUGAAGAGGGCCCAUGAAAACCAGAUUUCUUAUUUUGCCGUAUGUAAUCAAGAGUCUUUAUAUACUUUGGAAAUUAAAUUUCUGCUCCCACAGGUGAUUCGUUAAUAUUGGAAUUAACUUGUAAUGAAUGAAUGGUGGAUGAAUGAAUGAAUAUUUAGGAAACUGACCUCUAUGGCCUUUCUGAAGGGUUUAUUUUUUUAUUAAGAGUUAUGAUCAGAGUUUUACAUCCAGAUAUAAUUAUCGUAGUUAGGAGCAGCACUGGGUGCCUGAUGGUGAGUCCUCAGCGGGGGUCCCUUCGGGGACCACGCCCGACCGUUAGACUGUACCUUUGGCGUCCAUCACAGGCCCGUGAAGAGCGUCUGUGAAGGCCGUGUGUGUGAUGUGCCCACGAGGCGGCGGGCUUGCACAGAUGUCCGCGCUUCAGCCAUGUGCAGGCAGCUCGUGCCGUAGCCCUUGGUUACAUUGAAAGGCUGCUUUUGAUUGGUUGUCCUCCAAGGCUGUUGAUGUCCUGUCAUUUUCUCAUACCUGGAAGGUGUGGUGGGGGGGUGCUUCUGGUGUGUCCCGGCGUACGCACAGGGAGCGUUCUCUACGCUGAUUUGGGGGUUUUCUUUUCUUUUCCAGAUUGUUUAUUUAGUCAAACAUCAGAUGGUAGCCUUCCAUUGAAUCCUUGGGCAUUAUAUGUUAUAAAAGACCAAAUCUUAUUUUAAUAUGUUUUUUAAAAAAUUAUUUUUUCCACAAGGGGCUUGUCUAAUUUUUUUCAAUACUUUAGUACUCAAAUCAAAUGAUAUAUACAAAGAAUUCCGCAUCCAUGGUGUCUCUGUAGGAAAGGGUCAUUACUAAAAACACUAUUAGUUUACGCAAAUGUAAGACAUGCAUCCUCUUUCCUAAAGCAAAUGAAUCUUUUUCAAUCCAUGAAGUCUGUUUUGAUUGUUAUCAUGAUUUUUUUUUUUUUGUUUAACAUUAAACGGUUAAUUAAAACGUG